AUGUUCUAUGAUGAGAGUGUUCUCCUAACAAUUGCCUCAGCCAUUGGGAAACCAGUCAAGGUUGACCUUAAUACCCUGAACAUGAUUCGAGGUAGGUUUGCACGGGUCUGUGUCGAGAUCAAUUUAGAGGAGCCAGUCGUAGGAAGAUUCUUCCUCAAUGGUGUGUGGUAUAAUGUGGAAUAUGAGGGUCUACAUUUGUUGUGCUCCUCGUGCGGCUGUUAUGGGCAUGUUCUACGGAAUUUCCCGCAUGUUAUUAGGUCUGAGGUAACGGCAACUAGCGUGGGUGAGAAGGAUAACACGGAUCAACCGCCAAGGGAUCCACUGCAUGGUGCAGAUUCUGCUGCUCCAACAGGUGAGGAAUCUGUUCCGCGUGUCAGGGGGGCUGUCGCGCCUGAUCCGCAUGGAGAUUGGUUGAUUGUGAAACAGAGGAAUCAGAAAUCGAAUCUCGUGAAACCGUUGAGCAAGGGCAGAUCUUCCGCUCAUAAUGGGAGUGAGGCAUUCACGGAGCAACAUCAUAUUGUGCCAGGUUAUUCGAAGAGGAGUGUUCACAAUAUGGCGGAGACACGUGCAGGAUUUAAAAAUCCACGUGAGCCGAGAGAGUCUCCACGUGAACAGGAGCAUGCACUUGGCUCAAGGGGGGAGUUAGGUGCGCACCCACAGCCCGUUCCAGCUGGCGAGUCUGCUUUAGCAGCUUCGAACGUGAUUAAGGACCGAAGCCAGCGCAACAGCCCUCAUCUCGGAGACCCACGCAUUGUGCAAGAUGGUAGGCAGCGUACGGCAAUAAGUGUGCUUCAAACGGGGUGUACAAUCAACGUAAAUAUUGAUUCCGAGGACAACGUAAGAGAGGUUCAGGGGGAGGAGGAUAUCAUGCAAUACGACCAGCCAUUGGAGACCAUGAUGGUUUGA